CAAAACAAACGGCAACCCCACAGAAGGCAGAAAAUGGCUGACGAAACUGGUAGCUCCGUGUCGGGGUCAGAACUGGCAGAAUCGACAAGCGACGAAUGCUUGGCUGAACCAGACGGACCCGCUAAGAAGCGCUUCAAGGCAGGCGAAAGAACGCCUGGCAAGUCUGACAAAUUGGAGCACAGGCUGGGCGGCAUUCUUUGCUGCGCGGUUUGCUUGGACCUGCCCCGCACCGCCAUUUAUCAGGUACGUGGGAGAUCAGCUGAUCGCAGAUCCAAUCCCAGGCUCGUAACAGCUUCCUCCCGCCCUUGUGAACGUCGCGGCCGAGUAAACGCGGCGCUUCACGGUCGCUCAUUCGACGGAGUGUGCGCCUCAGUGGGGCGGUGUAGGGUUGCAGUGUAGAGGUGUGCGGCGUCGAAUAUAUCUUUUUUUCCCCAGUAUACCUUCUUGUCUUUUGUCCUGGCAUAUGUUUUGUGUUCGACUGUUUAGACUUCUUUUCUGUAUAUGUAUUUCCUUACGUUAUAUUUUCAUUGUGUUUGCGUUAUGUGACUGGAAAUCGUGGCGUCGGUGAUUGGAAGUGUUUUUUCCGUUUUUUUUUUUUUUUUGGUGUGGUGUAGCGUAUUUGUCAGCAGUUAUGCUUACUGUUAACGCAUCAGCUUUACGGCUGAACUGCGGCUGUCAGAACUUCCACGUUAUUUGGUUGAUGUAGUGUGGCUGACCCAUUCUUUGCCGAAUUAAUAGGAAUGCUGCUCUCCAGUUUAUCAGUGGCACCCGCGCCCGAUGUUGAGUUCUGUGUUGAAAAACAAUGUGGACUGAAGGACAUUACGUAACGUGUAUUACCCGGACUUGUGCCGUCGCACGGGCUGUCAUGGUCGAAAGACGAAGAUGCACGGGCCUUUUACGAAGAUGUGGGCCGUUCUUGGUCACAGUUACCAUGCAAACACGGACUGUCUGUACAAUUUUUUGUAAAAUAAUCACUGGUGGUGCAAUAAACACAACCAAAGCAUACACACGGUGUUGGUUCUAUUGUGUAGACACUGUGCACAUGCAGUGCUGCCUUGGCUGCUUCAAUGGGCAGCAAAGACUGCAUGUAGCUGAGGGCAGCUAUUGCGAUGCCAUUAUAUAGUCAUGGUUUAAAGCCCCGUAAGGGGCCCUCUUUUGUUUGGCACAUCCAAAUUUAGUAGCAUGCCCUGUUUACAUUAUACUCUAAGGCCAUUCUGGGAACUGAGAUGUGAUGCAAUUCGUCAUGCACAGCUUGCUGGAAGACAUUUCAUGUGGUGUCAGGGAAAGCUAAAAUAUUCAGGAUAUCAAAGUUUACUCUCUGAGAAAGGGUAAGUAUACACUGCCACAGAAGAAGAUUACAGUAUAUGUAUCACGUAGUGAGUUCUUCCAAUAAUUUGGUUGGCAUGGGCCUUGACACCAGAAGUAUUCAUCAACAAGCUGCAUGUCCCUUCAAAGAUUCUAUUGUAGUUGUGAGCAUAAUGCAUAAAAAAGCAUUACCUUUGGCUUGGGUUUAUGGACAUGUACAUUUGGACACACUCCGGUGUGGUAAAGGCACCCUUAAAGCUUGUGGCUUGUUAUAGGCACUGUGUAAUAAGAUGGGUAGGUAGAAGGUAGUUUCAUUCUGCUUUGCAAGCCCAAUUGCAAGUUUAUAUUUAAUCAGAGUAGCAUGCCUACACAAUGGACUAAUAGACUUGCGGUUUAAGUCUACAUAGAGUUGACUGCACAGCCGAUAGGAAGGGAUCUGAAAGGUAUGGGACUUGGAAAUAGAUUACCAUGGUACCUUUGCUUGUGAUUCUCCGGAAGAUAAUUUUCUCACAUUUCGUAAGCUUCAGCGUGAAUAGCUUCACGUUUAUUGUGAGCAUGGAGAACCAAGCACUGCCUACAUUUAAGACACAUGGCUCUAGAUUGAGGACUGCACUGUCAAAUGGCAUGCUUUGUUCUGUCAAGGAGCAGCAUAGUGUGCUGUGUAGCAGGGAGAGGCUGUGGGACUGCCUUUUUUUGACAAAUUAAUGUCUCCAGGUAAUGUAGAAUAGGUAAGUCCUGAAGUUGUAAUUAAGGAUUUUGUCUAAACUUCUAGUAAUACAGCUUGCUUUUAUAUAUCUUUCUGCCUCUUUCAGGUUCGUAGACCAGAAGAUCCAGUCGAGCACACUUGCCCUAGCUGGGGAGCUUGCAUGUGUCUGUGUGUCUGUGACACUAAUCCACUUGACUGUUGGCCUUUAACAUCUGGUGCUAUAGUAGCUCUUACUGCAACCUUUCCCCCAGGACUCGGACAGGACUUGGGUUAUGGUUAACAGUGUUUUUGAUGCAUUGUUCCUUUUUUAUGCUUGUUUCUGUGCUACUGCCAUGUGUGUGUUUAGGGUGUUCGUGGUAAUGCACAUAGGUGUGGCAAGUGCCCGGGUUCCAGGCUGGGCCUUUGUGUUGUUGUCUGAUCACUUUUGCUGCAGUUUUUUUUCCCCCUUGCAAGGUUUUCUAACGGAGCAGCUUCCCAAGAGGAGAGCAUUCUGCUGGGGCAACCAUGGUGAUUUUCCUCUCCCUGCUGUGGUUUUGCAGUGCACCAACGGCCACUUGAUGUGUGCCGGUUGUUUUACUCAUCUCCUGGCAGAUGCGCGUCUCCGUGACGAGACCGCCACCUGCCCCAACUGCAGGACAGUCAUCAGCCGUGAGCUCUGCUCACGAAACCUCGCUGUUGAGAAAGCAGUUUGUGAACUGCCCACCGAAUGUCAAUUCUGCGCCAGUGAACUUCCCAGGUCACAGAUUGAACGUCAUGAGGCGGAUCUCUGCGAAGAGCGGUUGACACGCUGCCACUACAGUCGCAUUGGUUGCCAGUGGAGGGGUCCUUACCACGAGCUGGAGGUGCACACCCAAGUGUGCUCCCAUCCUCACAAAUCAGGCGGAGAAGUGAUGGAAGCCCUUGAGCUCAUUGACCAGCAGAUGCAUAAGGAGCAGAUGCUGUACAACACCAUCUUUGAACUGCUGUCAUUCGAGAAGAUCACUUUCAAUGAUUUGCAGUUUAAACCCUACCGCACCGAUGAGUUCAUUCACAAGCUGUACUAUGAAACAUCUCGCUUCACUGCCUUUGGCUCACAGUGGGUUGUAAAAGCACGUGUGAAUGACAAUCAGCGUGAUCCAACGCAGUCCUGUGAGCGCACCCUCAGCUACCACCUUGUGCUCAAGAGCAAAGCUUCAGCAUCCAUGGGCAUCCACUAUAUGGUUCUGAAGGGCCCAUUUGGAGACCUCAAGGUGAAUCCACGCCUGUACCAGCAUGAAUUUACAGAAGCUGCCAUGGAAAGCCCAUACCAACCGUUGCCAUUGCUGGACUCUGCCGAAUGCAACAAACUGCUUGCUGCCAAAGCCUUCAACUUUCGCCUCAUCAUGUUCCAUGUGACUAAGUGAAAUGGCCUCCAGUCAUCCAGAUCCCAAGCAUGCUGUAUAUUUGACUUACGUCCUUCCUGGAGAUCUGUAUCAAGUCCCACGCCCCACAGAUUACGUGUCUGGUGGCUCAAUUUAGAACCAAUUCCUUGUAUCGUGCAAAUAUACCCGGUCUGCUGUC